GCUCCGCUUCCAGUACUGCCAGGACCGUCCGAAGUGCGUAGGUGCGUCCCACCACCUCCGCCGCCAGUCCAGACGGUGCCCCGGUGACGUCGGGAGCGGAAGUGACGCAGUGUUCAGUGCGAGCUGAUUCCCUCGUGGAGCCGCGACCAUGUUCCUGCAUUACUACCUGAACAGUGACGGCGAGCGAGUCUACACCCUGAAGAAGGUGGACCCCCAGGGUCAAGUGACCACGACGGCCCACCCAGCACGGUUCUCGCCGGAUGACAAAUACUCCAGGCACAGGGUGACUUUGAAGAAACGCUUCAAUAUCCUGCUGACUCAACAGCCGUCCCCUGCCUUCUGACCGGCUGGCCAAUGGCCAGCGGGCCCCAGCGCCCUCUGUCCUACGAGCUUUUGCUUCGCAUGUGUGGCGUGCACGAGGAGAGAUGAGGAGGAGAAAACCGUAAUUGUUGUGUUACACACUGUCGCACAAUAAAAGCUGCCUGGGUUAGCGUA